CCACUGCAGUUACUGAAUCUAGUUUUUCAAGGCGAUAAGUUUUUCAACUAUUAUUAUUUAGUACUAUAUUCUUUUACGAAAAUACAGAAAAUAACACGUACCAUCGAAUGUUAAGAAUUUCAUAUUCAUUUCGUUUAGCGGACCCUGUACAUAAGCCGUGUACAUGCAUACGCGUCAUUUGGACAAUCGAGCGAUGAAAAACAACUCAAAUCGCCGAUUGUGUACGACUUUUGCAAACGAGACUUUCGCAAUCAGCUGGUAGCAUUAAAUACACAAGGCGGUCAUUUUGUCGUCAGCUGAGGACGCCUGUGACGAAAUCCGUGCGAGUGAUCGGUCUGCCGACAUGUACAAAACUCUCGUCAAAGAAUCCUCGCUUCGUGAGACACUCCUACUGCCGCUGUAAUGCCAUACUGUGUCAUGUUUUUAAUGAAAUACCUUCAAUUUCGCGGGGACCUUUAGUUCGACAGGGAGUCGUAUCUGCACCAAAAGGAGACGUGCAUAUUUUGUCUUCACAAAUGACGUUUUAGCAGAGAAAAGCCAUGUUCGUAGUUCAGCUGUCAGUAGAAGGCGGCCAUUUUACGUCAGCUGAGAAGGUCGGUGACGACACACGCCGAGUGAAAUAUCUGUGAGACGCUCGAGCAUUGGAGAAUGUGUUGCAAAGAACCUCACCUUCGAAGCUAUUUCCAAGGCUUGUCACUACACCGUAAGGAAUGUAUACGUUUUAUUUAUUUAAAAAACAGACACGUGCUGCUUGCAAAAUAAACGAAACGAAAAUUACAAACAUGUAUCCGAAGAUGCAGUGACAAAAAUUCGUUCGUCGAGUCGGUAACGUGACUGCGAAAUUUAUUUUUGGAACGCAGCGUCGCGAUUAAUUAAUAUUCAAUUAAAACUGCAAGAUCCCGUAUAGGUAAAGGGCAAUUUUUUUCAAAAAUAAUGAAAAGAAACUAAAUAAUUUAGGAAAAUUUUCAUUUUCGACUGACGUGAUUGCUUGGAACUAGCAUUAUCCUUACUUGUCUCGACUAUUUCCUGUUUUUCACUUGAUACAACGCUUCUUACGAUACGUAAUCCAUUUAAUAAAUUCAUAUAUUCUGUCAGACUUCUUCGCGCUUAUUACCAUUAUUUUAAGAAUUAUUACUAUUGACAUCGUACUCGACCAACAGUGAUUGAGAUAAUGUUUAUAUAUAAAUUUUUCACAAAUUGUUUCUUCUAGAAUAAUUAGGAUCAAUCGUAAACUAUCACACUUUACCAUAACAUUUAAUUGUAAUAACGUCUCGAACUAAUGUAGUUCGCAUCAGCUGAGGGCGCCAGUGACGAAACACUGCUGAGUGGAGAGUCUUCGACAACGAAGAUUCACUUUCUUAAUCCGAUGCGUAGUAUCAUACUUUCGGAAACUGGUGCACGACCGUGAUCAUUUGUCCAUUGGGAGCGAUGAUUCCGAUGAGCACGGGGAGUCAUGACUACGUCAACGAACAGCCGGCUUAUCUCGGUAACCACUAUUCCACGGAUAAAUCGAUCCCAUGCGGCGUCGUCGAGUAAAGGUGAGGCAGUUGCAGUGGCAUACCGUAUGCUUGUCAUGGCGGCGUGGAGGACGAGCAAUGAAAAUGGCCGGAAGAUGCGAAGGGUCAGCGGAGAGGGACGGUAAGGCCGAAUAGAAGGCAACGGUCCACGCGUUCUCAGCAGCCUAUCCUAGAUUUAUUUCCGUGGAUAUUGCGCAAUAAACACGCUGCGCUGUUAGCUCACAGAAUGCUACCCCUCGCUUUGCUUCGAAGAGGUGCCAAGGGCUAGUAAGUAACAUUUAAUUUUCACCAAUCACCAGUGACGCGUUACACUGUCAUAAAUCAUACGUAAAAUGGAUUUUUGGAGGCCCAUUUAAAAGGAAAAGUCAACAGAAUCAACAAAGUCACCAAUGCAUCGCAAUAACUUGCCGCACAUUAUUGUAAUGCUAUUUUAAUACAGAAAAAUAAUUGCUGCUUUAAAUAAAAGAAUAUUUUUAUCAAUGUAUUAUUUAAAACGUUUAUGUUUUUAUGAAUGUGGUUCGAGUGUGCAAUGAAUGAGUACUCAGCUAAAUAUUUGAAAAUGUGUUGUACGCUUUAGAAGUAUCGAUAUCGAUUUUUUAUUUUCUAUCGGCGCUGAUUCUUAUAACCAAAUUUAUCACGGUCAUCAGGUUUGGUUUGCGGUGCGGUUGCUUUUCAAAGAAUUAUCCCCUGUUUACUGAUACUCCAUUGUUCCUGCUCACAAAGCGUGUCGGUCAGUUUCAAAGAAUUGGUAUAAACGGACUGACAAAUAAUCUCUAAUCCCUAACUACGCGCUCCUCUAUCUUCCACUAUCAUUCGUCAAGGGAAAUCCUGUUUACCUCGAAACUCGAAAUUUUAUUGAAAAAGUAUGUGGAAAUACCAAACGACGCGAACACUUCCUUGUAAACAACUGUGUUUUCGUCGAAUUGUAUUUCGGACGAUCUUCCACGGUCGAUCUGCAGAUACAAGUAUUUACUCAAGCGAAUUACGGAAUUUUCAAUGAAAAAAUAUGCGAGUGUGCUCAUACCUGAUUCAGACUCUCUACGAUGACGUAUCUCGAUUGUUAACACAUCCACGCGAUAUACACAUAGGCGUGUUUUAAGAUAAGAUUAUGUUACCAAGUCGAUCGCGAGCUUCAUGAAAACGCAAGCCCUAUCGUAAGUGAGGUUGCUACGGUAAAUUGUUAGCUAAAGUAUCGAUAUAAAGUGUCUUCGUAAAGUUCGUUUAACUUUUUAUUACCAUGACCGAUGGCAUCAUCGUUGGAUUGGUCGUGACAAUUAUUCUAAACUUUAUCGUGAAUAUAGUUUCAACCCAAUCUUCGGAAACAUGUCCCUCGUUUUGUGUAUGUGACACUUGGUACAUGUUGCGCCGUGCCUCUUGCACGGGCCGCCAUCUUUAUAACGUAUAUACAGGUGCACCAAACACAGUGCAAGCUUUGGACUUGUCGGAUAACGUAAUAUCUUUUUUAAAUAAUUUUGAGUUGGCGAAUGCUGGAUUGACAAGUCUGAAAUAUCUUAAUCUUUCCGGAAAUACAAUCAGUGAAAUCGGCUUGAAUGCUUUCGAUAACCUUAACGAUUUAAAAGUCUUGGAUUUGUCCAAAAACCAUCUUUACGACAUUCCGGACGACGUUUUUUUGCAAAACAAAAAUUUACGAAUUUUAAAAUUGUCGAGGAAUAAUUUUAACUUGCAUCCUCCGAAAUUUCGAUCGCCUUGGCUGACGGAGCUAAGCUUGGAUUCAUGUCAGAUUAGUCAUUUACCCAUGGACACGUUCAAUGGACUCCCGCGUAUCCAACGCCUCGAUCUUUCGAACAAUCUGAUGAUUCAGAUGAGUAGUGCUAUCGUGCAGACAUUGCAACGUUUGAAAAAACUAUCUCUAACAGGAAAUCCAUGGUCUUGCAACGAAAUUAUGCACGAUCUGCAAAUACACCUCAAGCACAAAGAGGUGAAAUUCGAUGAAGUUUGCUUCAAAAAAAUGUACCCGAAGAAAUUUGAAAAAAUGAUCCUUUCACCUAUAAAGAAACAAGCAAAUGACCAUUCCUGGAGUAUAAUUAGAAAUACAACUAUCGAGAAAACUAAACCAGUAACCUACAACACCUCGAGCUCGUUAAACAACAAAAGGUUGUCGACGAACAAGCAUAUAGCGAAUCAACAGAUUAUUAAUGUGUUUUUGUUUCUUAUUAUCGGUUUCAUAUCUGGUGUUGCGUGUGGAAUGUUUAUUUCAUAUUUUUGGUUUUCUGGAAAAUACAUAUGUAUUAGAUAUCGUCGUCGAGAUAGCAAUUUGAGUUUCGAGUAUCAAAGGCACUCAUUGUUGAUGAAUCCAUAUUUACGAAAUAGUAUGGAGAGUGAUACAAGCCUGGCAGAACCUUCCCCAAGCACUCCACCGCCAUCUUAUAGGGAAGUUGUGUCACGACCAAGCCUUUAUCGUUGCCUGUAGAGACAUUCAAAUUUAAAUAACAAUAAUACCGGAUACAGAGAAAGGUACACGUAACUUUGAGAAGGUAGCUCAUUGUUGUGUCAUAACUGGGACAAAAUGCGCAUAAGUAGCGCACUAUAUAAUAAUUUAUCAAGUCUUCAACUUUCAAAGCUUUACGCGUUACAUACUUUGUAUGCGACCUUAUAA